UGUUGGUACUGUUGGUCCUGUGUGUGCUCUUACAGUGUUGUGUUGAGAUUGGCAACAUGAAGUUCUUGGUGGUCGCAAUUGUUCUGGUGGCAGCAGUGAGCUGUGCCAGUGUGGGCUCUGUAGAUCUGGACAAGACCUUUCAGGAAUGGAAAGUCAAAUUUGGAAAGGUGUACAGCUCCCCUGAGGAAGAGGCCAAGCGUAAACAGAUCUGGACUGACAACUGGGAUCGGAUCGAGGCCCACAAUGCUCAGUUUUCACAGGGGCUUGAGACCUGGAGUAUGGCCCUGAACCACUUCGCUGACAUGACAUGGGAAGAGUUCUCUGGGACGAUGCUGAUGAAGGUGCCUAAAUCAAGCUUAGAAGUGGAGGGUGGUGUACCAAAUUGA